GUCGGUUCUUCGUCGCUUUGUAACGAAUGUUCUCUUUGAGCUCUUUAUUCGUUUCCAAUUAAAGGACUUCAAAGAAACGUUAAAAUCAUUAAAUCUUUCACGAUCGAUAGCCCUAUCGACAAGGCCCUAUUCGAAUAUCUUUUUCGCAUUCCUAUUGCUCCCACUCGAGACAGGAAUUGGCUCAGCAGACGAAAAUUCCUCUUUAUCUUGAAUUCAUUAACCUUUAAGAGAUUAAUUAUCAUUCGUGACUCUGAAUCGGGCCACGAAUCGACGCCAAUCGGACUGGUUCUUUCGCAAGGGUGACCAACGUUAUUGACUUUACAUGAUUAAACAGUCAUUAAAUCAUAAGUUUCGUUUUUCAGAACUCCAGACACAUGAUUUAUAUUAUGGCGAGAGAAUAGUCCCAUUAUAAUCUCCUGCAAUUUAUAAACCACCUUCUUCAUAAUCUUCCUUCUCUCUCUUUCUCUCUCCAUCAUAUUUUUCCUCGUCCAUUGGCACGCUUAGCCGGCUGGCUGAAUAUUACCUGAAUUUACCACCGUUUUUCGAACGUUCGUUAAAGUGGCGAGGCUUUGCGUGCAUUUGACAGGAAAUAUGCUGAGCCAAGCUUUACGUAAUGGACCGCUUCAUCCUCGCCUCUUUUCUGCUCGUUCGAACGAACACACUCGACCACAAAACACGCAGGUGACGACUUCUCCAAGGGAUCCUCUCUCUGAGAAUUCGCGCGCGCCUUUUCUUCGUGCUAUCAGCUCACGGUUGGGACCAUCGGCCGCCAGUGUGUUACGUUCACAGCCUGUUCCCUCGUCGCCGCAGAAACGAUUCAGGAAGAAGCACGAUACUCGGGCAAACAAGCUCGCGAUAUCGAAUUUCUCGUCCAUCGCGAGUUGAUGGUAUCACACGAGUGGAUCUUAUAGAAUGGACAAGCAGAGCAAGGAUAAUGAUACAUCGACGCUUCAAUGGCCGGAUUAUCUUGUCAUCGGUCUAAUGCUGUCGAUCUCAACCGGCAUUGGGAUCUACUACCGAUUCACCGGAGGCAGGCAACGCACGGCCGAGGAGUACUUCUCAGCCAAUCGAACGAUGGGCGUCGUUCCUUUAUCGAUCGCACUGAUGGUGUCUUUCAUGUCAGCGAUCACGGUGCUAGGAAUCAGCGCAGAAACUUACAUUCACGGCACGCAAGUCACGCUGUUGUACCUGGGUGGUUUCUUUGGUACACCAAUCGUCUUGUAUCUCUAUCUUCCCGUUUUCAUGGAAUUGAACACCAUGAGUGUCUAUGAGUAUCUAGAGAAACGAUUUGGAGUAGGAGCACGACUACUAGCCAGCACUGCUAAUUUCCUGCAGCUACUUUUGUACACUGGAAUAGUAUUAUUCGCGCCUUCGUUGGCACUAGAAGCGACCACUGGUCUGUCAGGGAACAUGAGCAUCGUGCUGAUCGGCCUGAUUUGCACCUUCUACUCGACCGUAGGUGGCAUCAAGGCUGUCCUCAUCACCGACGUCUUUCAAGCAGUACUGAUAUUCACCGCACUUUUGUGCGUCCUGAGUAUCGCCGCUAGCGACCUUGACGGAGGCUUAUCCAAUGUGUGGAGCAUCGCUCAAGAGGAUGGUCGAAUAGAAUUCUUCGAUUUCAGGAUUGAUCCAACUAUAAGGCAUACAUGGUGGGCAUUACUGAUUGGUGGGACUACCAUGUUUCUGUCUUUAUACGCGGUUAAUCAGAUCCAAGUUCAGCGCUUACUCACUGCCAAGAGUCUCAAAUCUUCGCAACGCGCGCUCAUUCUCAGCGGCCCACUCACUUUACUCUUAGGUUCUUUGACAGCGUUCUGCGGUCUAAUCCUCUACGCUGUGUACAGAAACUGCGACCCAGUUACAUCCGGUAAAAUCUCAAGUUUCGACAAGAUAAUGCCAUAUUUCGCAGCUGAAAGAAUGUCACGAGUGCCAGGUGUCACUGGGCUCUUCAUUUCCGGUGUAUUCAGCGCGAGUCUCAGCACCAUAUCCGCUAUGUUGAAUUCUCUAGCUGCUGUAGCUUUGGAAGACUAUGUAAAGCCCACGUGUCGUAAAUUUAGUAUAGAAUUUCCAACAGAAAAGGCCACGUUAAUUGGAAAAUUUCUUGCUGUGGCGAAUGGUUUCACGUGUUUAGCCGUGGCUUUUAUUGCCAAAUCGAUGGGACCGCUGGUCGAAGCUGCCAUAGGGAUUUCUGGAGCGAUUGGAGGACCCAUUUUGGGGAUUUUCACACUAGGCAUGGUCGUGGAAAAGGCAAAUCAGGCUGGAGCCAUCGUUGGCACUAGCACAGCCUUGAUCACGUGCAUUUGGGCAGUAUUUGGUACACCGAAACCACCAACACCCAAUCUUCCGCUAUCUGUGGAAGGCUGCGACAAUUCCACCUUACUCCUCUAUCGUCAAAACACAACUUUAUUCGAAGACCCCGCGGACGAUUCGUCGUACUUUUAUUUGUAUCGUAUAUCGUACAUGUGGUAUAAUCCACUUGGACUGGCAAUCACGUUGAUCGUGGGCUACGUAACCAGCCUGAUCACGAAUAAGAUAUUUUACAAGAACGCUCGCGAACCAGAGCCUAACUUGUUCUUCCCCUUCCUGGCAGCGCGAAUUAGGAGACGAAGGGAGGACGCGCAGAAGACUACGAACAGCCAGGUCUUCGUAUUGGAGAACAGAAAAUGAAAUAAAGAAUAUAAGAAUAGUAGCGAGCGUAUUGAGAAUUAAGCUCCGAUGAGAUAAUGGAUAUCUCAGAGCAAGUGGAACUGCACUGCCCAUUAUAAGUUCGAAAUUAUCUGUCAGAAGAACUUUCCAAAAAUGGAGGCAAAAAUUCUAUAUACUAUUUCGUUGAUGUAAUGUACAAUUUGUAUAAAUUCACCACGGUAGCAAUCCUAUGGAUAUUAAGAACAUCGCGAGGAAGUGAAAUUCAACGCUUCCGAGCUCGUAUGACAGAAACACGAAUCCCGUAGAUAAGAAGAUUUGCUUCAAGAACGAGCGAAACAAUUUAUCGAUUUAAAAACUUGCAUUUCACUUACGAAUAUCGUAUUUGCUUCGUGUUACGAGCAACUUCCUAAGAAGGAAAGUAAUCGAGCCAGCUUCUGCAAGUAAUACUCAUUAAUAAAAUAAGCUCAGGUUGAGAUCCAGUGUCACUGUUCCUUGUACUUAUUAACUGUUCUGAUGAUUUCAUUAGCCAUAACUCAUCGGCAGUGCCUCGUCGUAGAGCAAAUUAAUAAAAUCUCCAAUUUGCACCAUGUUUCGAUUGCAGCGCGUUAAAUUUGCCAGCGCCAUCGGCCAUCGUCUUUUCCUCGCUUUGUUCAUUUGCAACUUAACGAGAGACGAUUGGGCUGGAAAAGGAUGUGAGCUAUCCACGAAUGAAGCUAUCCAGGCAUCUGGGUCACAGGGAUGACCGGAUUAGAGACACUAUAAUUCUCGUUGUAUCGUUUUAGCCAAACACCGAGAAAAAUGACCGCGUAACUUAACUUAUCUCGUAAUGGUCAACGAGCAAUUCACUGUGGAGUAUGGGUCGCGAACGACCCGCUAACACGUUUAAUUAAACUUCAUUCUAUACGGCACGUUAUCACACUACCGCUCUGUAAUAGCGAAAGACACGCAAUAAAAGAUAAUUGAUUCUUUCAACGAAA